AUGGGUCCUGGCCCCCAGCCCUUAUCUCCUCCAGCCCCUGGGUUGUUUGCAGAGCAGAGUAUAAAGGGGUUGACUCGAGGGAGAGCAGAGGGAGAGCAAAAGCAGCACCGGACCAGACUGGGUGUCUGCUUGACUCACCACGACCUGCUCUGCACCAUGGGGAAGGACGGGCUGCUCAGCAAACCAAACAUCUUCCUCCUUCUCCUCUUCUGCCUUCCUGGAAAUACCUCUCCCACCGCAGAACCGCAGUAUAUGGUGCUCCUGCCCUUUCUGAUAGACACUGAUUCUCCUGAGAAAGUCUGCGUGCAGCUGACCCACCUGAAUGAGUCUGUGACGUUGAGUGCCACACUCGAGUAUCAAGGGGAAAACAGGAGCUUGAUUGAUGACGUGGUGUCGGAGAAGGACGUGUUCACCUGCAUCCCUUUCUCUGUCCCAAAAUCAAAUAGCCAGUCCCCAGUCACGUUUAUCACUGUGAGGGUGAAGGGGGAGACACUGCAGUUCAAAAGCCGCAAGUCAGUGCUGGUCAAGAAUUCCGAGAGCUUGGUCUUCGUCCAGACAGACAAACCCAUCUACAAGCCCGGACAGACAGUCCUGUUCAGAAUUGUUUCUCUGGAUAAAGACUUCCGUCCCUUGGACGAGGUGUUUCCACUGGUGUAUAUCGAGGACCCAAAGAAAAACCGUCUGUACCAGUGGACAAAGGCAGAGUUAAAGAGGGGGUUAAUCCAGCUGUUCUUCAACCUCACCUCUGAACCUAUGCAAGGGACCUACACAGUGGUGGCACAGAAGGCUUCUGGGAAGACCAUUCAGCAUCCUUUCUCUGUGGAGGAGUACGUGCUGCCAAAAUUUGAAGUAACAGUGAAAAUGCCCAAGGUGAUCACCAUUCUUGAUGAGAAUCUGAAGGUGACAGUUUGUGGUCUAUACACAUUUGGGAAGCCUGUUCCUGGCCUCGUGAGCUUCCGUGUCUGCCGGAAGUUUGAACACACAGGCACCACCUGCUAUGGUGAAGAGGCUAAGGCAGUGUGUGAUGAGUUCUCUGGACAGACAGACAACUACGGCUGCAUUUCUGAAGUGGUAAAGACCAAGUUAUUCCAGCUCAAGAGAAGUGGGUAUGAGAAUAAGCUCCAUGUGGAGGCUAAGAUUAAAGAGGAGGAGACAGGAGUGGAGUUGACUGGAACCAGCUUCUCUGAGAUCACAACCACCAUCAGCAAAAUCACCUUUGAGCAUUCAGACACCCACUACAAACCUGGAAUCCCCUUCUUUGGGCAGGUGAAACUAGUGGAUGGGUCUGGUGCUCCAAUCCCCAAUGAAAUUGUGAGGAUUUCUUUACAAGGAGGCCAAGUAAAUAACUACACAACAAAUGAAGAGGGUAGGGCACGGUUUGCCCUGAACACUUCCAUGUUGUACUUCAGUUCUGUUGGAAUUAGGGCAACUCAUAAAGUACAACCCUACUGCUACGACCGUUCCUGGGUUGUUCCAUAUUAUGAAGAAGGCUAUCUCCAACUAAAGCGCUUUUACUCUCCUAGUAAUAGCUUCCUCAAAAUUGAGCCCAAGUCUGAGACACUAAGCUGUGGCACCUCCACAGAGGUCCGGGUACACUAUAUCCUUACUCCAGAAGCCAUAGGAGAGCAGAAGAAAAUUGUCUUUUACUACCUGGUGAUGGCCAAGGGAAUCAUUAAGCAAGCAGGCACCCACAUUCUGGAUUUGGACCAGGAAAGUGCCAAUGGGCUCUUCUCACUACAGCUGCCUGUAGAAGCUGAUAUUGCUCCAGUGGCCCAAGUGCUUGUCUACACCACUGGUCCCAGCAGGGAGGUGAUCGCUGAUUCAGCCAAGUUCAAUGUAGAAGAGUGUUUCAGCAACAAGGUGGAAUUGAGCUUCUCUCCUUCUGAAGGCCUGCCUUCUUCUGAUGCUCACUUGCUCUUCAAAGCCUUCCCGAACUCCCUCUGUGCUGUCCGUGCUGUGGACAAGAGCGUUCUCCUCAUGAAGCCAGAAGCUGACCUGUCACCCAGCUCUGUGUAUAGCUUGCUGCCAGUGAGGGAACUGCAUAACUAUCGCCAUGGACCAGACAUGCUCUUGGAGGAGCCCCAGGAGGAUUGCACCCCCUUGAAGACGAUAGUUCUGAAUGGAAUCACCUAUUCUCCAGUAGUGGAGACGAACGAAGAGGACACUUACAGCAUCCUGAAGGAAAUGGGUUUAAAGGUUUUCACAAAUACCAAGGUGAGGAAACCUUGGUAUUGCAGCACUGAGAAUUACACGCCCGCAGAAGCCCGCCUGGCGCUAGGUGCACCUGGAGCACCGAUGCAUGCAAUGAGGACAAGCG